CAGAACUGUAAUUGCAGCCAAGUAUAUGCUUGACAAACUGCUUGAAGAAUCUGUUAAACAAGUUAUACUUAGUAACUCUAGCAAUAUCGAAUAUAUAGCCAAAACACUAACAAUAGAAGAUGAAAGCAAAAUUAUGUCAAUAGAAGUCCUGGCAUAUGGUUAUGUUGUCGAAGCUCUUUCAAAAGCUGAAGCAAAAGGAUACCUAGAAAAUAAAAUUAAGAAAUGGGCAGAAAGAGCAAGAUAG